AAUCCAGCUGAGCAUAAUAAUCGGGCUGAAACACGUUUGUACAGCAUCCUGCUAUUAACUAACCUAAGAAUGAAUCCUGAGUAUGAUUACCUAUUCAAGUUGCUGCUGAUUGGGGACUCUGGUGUUGGAAAGUCAUGUUUACUCCUACGGUUUGCUGAUGACACAUAUACAGAGAGCUACAUCAGCACUAUUGGAGUAGAUUUCAAAAUCAGAACUAUUGAAAUGGAGGGGAAGACAGUCAAACUGCAGAUUUGGGAUACAGCAGGACAAGAGCGGUUUCGAACAAUUACGUCCAGCUAUUAUCGAGGGGCUCAUGGGAUUAUAAUUGUCUAUGAUGUCACCGAGCAAGAAUCAUUCAACAAUGUGAAACAAUGGUUAGAAGAAAUUGAUCGAUACGCUUGUGAAAAUGUCUCCAAAUUACUGGUUGGCAACAAAAGUGACCUUUCAUCAAAAAAGGUGGUAGACUUCACCACAGCAAUGGAAUUUGCUGAAUCGCUCAAAAUCCCAUUCCUGGAGACGAGUGCCAAGAAUGCAAACAAUGUUGAGAAGGCAUUUUUGACAAUGGCCUCUGAAAUCCAGAAGAGACUCGGGGCGGACAGUGUUCAGAAUGAAACUGUUAAAAUAGGAUCCAAAAUCAACAGUGCCCCCCUAUGGCCUGGUGCAGAGAAGUCAGUUGCUGAGGAGGUCAGCUCUUGUUGUUAGUGAUCCAUAUAAUCCAUGUAAAUGCAAGGUAAUUAGACCUAAGUUUAUA